AGCCGGUGUAAACUGUGAGAAGUGUGCUAAGGGCUAUUAUCGCCCUUAUGGCAUUCCGGUCCAUGCCCCCGAUGGCUGCAUUCGUGUGAAGUGGAAAGCAGUGGCCUUUCAGAAACACAUGUGGACCAAUGAAAGUACUGGAUUGGCCAAAAACCUGCAGCUGCCACCCGGAGCACGCGGAGGACUGUGAGCAGGGCUCCGGCCGCUGCAACUGCCGGCCCAACUUCCGCGGAGACCGCUGUGAGGAGUGUGCGGCCGGCUACUAUCAUUUCCCAGUUUGCUCCAGAAUUCCCAUCCUUCCCAUUUCUACUCCAAGUCCAGAGGAUCCAGUAGCUGGAGAUAUAAUAAAAGGCUGUGACUGUAACCUGGAAGGAGUUCUCCCUGAAAUCUGUGAUGCCCAAGGGAGGUGCCUAUGCCGCCCUGGCGUGGGGGGCGCUCGAUGUGAUGCCUGCCGCUCGGGUUUCUACUCCUUCCCUAUUUGCCAAGCCUGCCAGUGUUCGGCCCUUGGGUCCUACCAGACACCCUGCAAUCCGGUGACUGGACAGUGCGCGUGCCGGCCGGGGAUCACGGGGCAGCGGUGCGACAGGUGUCUCUCGGGCGCCUCUGAUUUCCCCCACUGCAAAGGCUCAAGCAAUGUCUGUGACCCAGCCGGAACUCUGGACUCCAGUUUGGGCCAUUGCCAAUGCAAGCUUCAUGUUGAAAGUCCUUCGUGUAGCAUCUGCAAACCAUUAUAUUGGAAUCUGGCCAAAGAAAACCCUGAUGGAUGUUCAGAAUGCCGAUGCCACGUGGCGGGAACCAUGAGCGGAAUUGCAGAGUGUGGGCAGUUAGAUGGUGACUGUCAUUGUAAAUCCCAUGUUGGUGGCGAUUCCUGUGACACAUGCGAAGAUGGAUAUUUUGCUUUGGAAAAGAGCAAUUACUUUGGGUGUCAAGGGUGUCGGUGUGACAUCGGUGGAGCCGUCUCCCCUGUAUGCAGCGGGCCCUCCGGAGUCUGCCAGUGCCGAGAGCACGUCGUGGGGAAGGCCUGCCAGCGGCCUGAAAACAACUACUAUUUCCCGGAUUUGCAUCACAUGAGGUACGAGAUUGAAGACGGCACUACACCCAGUGGAAGAGCACUGCGGUUUGGAUUUGAUCCCCUGGAGUUUUCAGAGUUUAGCUGGAGGGGGUAUGCUCAGAUGACUCCGGUGCAGAAUGAAGUAAGAAUCAUGUUAAAUGUGGGGAAGUCAAGUCUCUCCUUGUUUCAUGUUGUUCUAAGAUAUAUGAACCCUGGGACUGAAGCAGUAUCUGGUCGUAUAACUAUUUAUCCAUCCUGGGCUAAGGCAGGUGCUGCUCAAAGCAAAGAGAUCAUAUUCCAGCCGAGUAAGGAGCCAGCCUUUGUCACCAUACCUGGAAAUGGUUUUGCAGACCCGUUUUCAAUUGUACCAGGGACGUGGAUUGCUUGCAUUAAGGUGGAGGGAGUCCUGCUGGACUACCUGGUGCUACUCCCCAGGGACUACUAUGAGGCCCCCUCGCUGCAGCUGCCAGUCACGGAGCCGUGUGCCGAUGUGGGCCAUCCCCAGGAGAAUUGUUUGCUUUACCAGCAUUUGCCAGUAACCCGAUUCCCCUGUGCCCUGGCUUGCGAAGCCAGACACUUCCUGCUUGAUGGGGAGCCGAGACCCUUGGCAGUGAGGCAGCCCACCCCCGCACACCCAGUCAUGGCGGACCUCAGUGGAAGAGAGGUGGAGCUGCACUUGUGGCUGCCGGUCCCACGGGUCGGCCAAUACAUCAUCAUGGUCGAGUACGCCUCGGAAGCAGAGCAGCUGUCUGAGGCCGCAGUGCACGUGCAGAGCCCCGGGGCUGACCUGGCAGGCCAGGUGGACAUCUACAGCUGCAAGUACAGCGUCCUCUGUCGCAGCGCUGUGACCGACGGCAGGGGUCGCCUCGCCGUGUACGAGCUCUUAGCAGAUGCGGACAUUCGGCUCAGAGCCCGGAUGGCCCAAUUCCUUCUGCAUCAAAUUUGUAUCAUACCGAUUGAAGAAUUCUCAACAGAAUAUUUGAGACCUCACGUCAAAUGCAUUGCCAGUUAUGGGCGAUUUGUUAAUCAAAGUGCCUUCUGUGUCUCCCUGCCCCCCGAAACUCCUCCGACAGCACUGAUUUUGGAUGUCCCGAGUGGUGGAUCUUCCCCACUCCUGCCUGAGGAUCCUUCACCUCUUGCCUAUGCUGUUCUUGGGGUCACCUUGAAGGCCCCACAGAACCAGGUGACCCUUCGAGGACUAGUACCACGCCCAGGUCGGUAUGUCAUCGUCGUCCAUUUUUAUCAACCAGCACAUCCCACGUUCCCAGCACAGGUGUCUGUGGACGGAGGACGGCUGCAGUCAGGUAUCUUCCGGGCCUCUUUUUGCCCUCAUGUGCUCGGCUGCCGGGACCAGGUGAUCGCCGGAGAUCAGGUUGAGUUUGACAUCUUGGAGCCGGAGGUGGCCCUGACUGUGACAAUUCCAGAAGAAAAGUCCUUAGUUUUGGUCCGUGUCCUAGUGGUGCCUGCAGAGAAUUACGACUACCAGAUCCUUCACAGAAAAUCACUGGACAAGUCACUGGAGUUUGUCACCCAUUGUGGAGGAGACAGUUUUUAUAUUGACCCCCAGAGAGCUUCUGAAUUCUGUAAGAACUCUGCCAGAUCCCUGGUGGCCCUUUACCACGAGGGCGCACUGCCUUGCGAGUGCCACCCCGCUGGGGCCAUCAGCCACCCCUGCAGCCCUGAGGGCGGGCAGUGCCCGUGCCGGCCCCACGUCAUCGGGCGGCAGUGUACACGCUGUCAGACAGGCUUCUACGGGUUCCCGCACUGCAAACCUUGCAACUGCGGCCGGCGCCUUUGUGAGGAGACGACGGGGAGGUGCCUGUGUCCUCCGCGGACGGUCAGGCCCCAGUGUGACGUGUGUGAAGUGCACUCCUUCAGCUUCCAUCCCCUGGCCGGCUGCGAAGGCUGCAAUUGUUCCCGGACGGGCACCGACAGGCCCGCCACCCCGGAGUGCGACAGGGACCACGGGCAAUGCAGCCUUCUUCCUGUCUCCAAAGCCUGAGAUCUCUGUAUCACCCUAGAAUCAAGCCCUUCUCCCUACAGCCCAUCAGGUGUCAACUUCUGAAACAGUAUGUAUUAUCUACCUUCCUUUCAUGGCCCCUGCAGGUCCUGCACCUGGAGAAGUCCUUUUACAAUUGAUCAUCUCUGAAUUGACCUUCCUUUUCCUGGUGUACUUUCUCUCUCCCGCCCUCUCUCUCUCCCCUUCCUUUCUUUCUUCCUCCCUCCUUCCCUCCCUCUCUCUCUCCCUUCUUUCUUUUUCUCCUUAAUUGAAGGGGAAAUGCUAGUAUGUAAUCACUGCUGUCUGUCUUGCUUGGUCAGUCGUGUCCGACUCUCUGCA